AUGUAUCUCCCAAAUGCCCAAAGUAUUUUGACCGCAGGUCUCGCUAUGACCGGCACCCUCACUAAACAAGUAGCCUCCGGACACGUCCUCGACUUCGCGGUCGAAAGCUGUCUCGACAGCGACCACAACCGACGCUGCACCGCGCCCUUCCUCGUGACGGGCGAUUCCUGCUACAAAAUCGAAUGGAGCACCGACGGAGUACUUUCUCACACCACUGUCGAAGUACGCGAUGCCGGGAGCGACGAGAUUGUGUAUUAUCGCGAUACGAAUGGCGAGUGGGAGAGUAAGAAGGGAGAAUUGGUUUAUCUGGAUUUCAAACCAAAGGUGCCGGGACAGGGAAAUAAUACGGUGGAUUGGAGUGUUAGUACUUGUAAAUAG